AUGGCUGCCUCGUCUUCUUCCUCGUCUUCCUACAAGCCCGUGCUGACCGUCGAGUCCAUCAACCCGCAUGUGCCCAACGUCGAGUAUGCAGUGCGGGGUGAGCUGUCGAACCGCGCCAACGACUACGCCAACAUCCUGGCCGAGGGCAAGGGCAAGGAGCGGGGCCUCGCCUUUCCCAGCGUCGUCAGCGCAAACAUUGGAAAUCCGCAGCAGCAGCCCUUUCUCGCGCAGAAGCCCCUCACCUUUUGGAGGCAGGUCGCUGCGCUGACAGAGUACCCUGCCCUGCUCGAUGCCAAGCUGCCCGACGACGUGUUCCCGCGCGACGUCAAGGAUCGGGCGAGGCACAUCCUUGACGAUGUCGGCAGCGUGGGUGCCUACUCGCACUCCAAGGGCGCUGCCAGCAUCCGCAAGCACGUCGCAGAGUUCAUCCAAGAACGAGAUGGACACCCCUCGGAUCCAGAAAUGAUCUACCUGACGGCGGGCGCGUCUGCCGGCGUGCAGCUCCUCCUCUCCAUCCUCAUCGCAGGCCCCCAGGUGGGCGUCAUGAUCCCGAUUCCCCAAUAUCCCCUCUACUCUGCCGCGCUGGCCUUCUACGGCGCACAGCCGGUCCGGUACUUCCUCGAUGCGCACCACGACUGGGCCAUCGACGUCGACGCCAUGGCGCGCCAGGUCGACGAGUCGCGGCAGAAGGGCAUCGACGUGCGUGCCUGCUGCGUCAUCAACCCGGGCAACCCCACGGGAUCAUGCCUGUCGCGGAAAAAUAUCGAGGACAUCCUCAAGAUGGCCCACGACAAGCGCCUCGUCGUCAUGGCCGACGAGGUGUACCAGGCCAACAUCUACCAGCCCGACACGCUUCCGUUUAUCUCGUUUAAAAAGGUCCUGCGCGACUUUGAAAAGGACGAGGCGACAAAGAACAUCGCUUCCGAGGUCGAGCUCGUCAGCUUCCACUCGAUCAGCAAGGGCGUCAGCGGCGAGUGCGGCCGGCGCGGCGGUUACUUUGAGCUGACAAAUAUCAGCUCCGACGUCGAGGCCCAGGUGUACAAGAUGGCGAGCGUCAACCUGUGUCCCUCGCUGCAGGGCCAGAUUGGCGUCGAUCUCCUCGUGCGCCCACCCCGGCAGGGUGAGCCGUCGUACGAGCUGUGGAAGCACGAGACGCAAUCGAUCCACGAGACGCUCGAGGCGCGCAGCAAGAAAAUGGCUGGCAAGUUCAACGAGCUCGAGGGGAUCCAGUGCAACGAGGCCCAGGGCGCCCUCUACCUCUUUCCCGAAAUCACACUGCCGCAAAAGGCCAUCGAGGCCGCACAGAAGGAAAAACGCCAGCCGGACCUCUUUUACUGCCUCAAGAUGCUCGACGCCACGGGCAUCUGCGUCGUGCCUGGCAGCGGCUUUGGCAAGAUGCCCGACUUGGAGCAGAGAAAGGUGUUUUUGCGGACGACGGUCCUGGCAAAGGAGACGGACGAGUUUGUCGAGCGCUUCGGCACGUUUCACAAGAAGUUCCUCGAGGAGUAUGCCUAG